AGUCGGAGGAAAAGAGACGAGGUCAGGCGAGCUUGCCAGCAUGAAUCUGUGUCUGACCGCCCUCUGCCUUAGCUUGGGACUGGCCUUCGGCGCUCCGAGAGCAGACCACGAUCUGGACAGCCACUGGCAGCUGUGGAAGUCGUGGCACAACAAGGACUACCAUGAGAGAGAGGAAAGCUGGAGAAGAAUGGUGUGGGAGAAGAACCUGAAAAUGAUUGAGCUCCAUAAUCUGGAUCACACAUUAGGGAAACACAGCUACAAGCUGGGAAUGAAUCAGUUUGGUGACAUGACAACUGAGGAGUUCAGACAGCUGAUGAAUGGCUAUGCCCACAAGAAGUCAGAAAGGAAGUACAGAGGAUCCCAGUUUCUUGAGCCCAACUUCCUGGAAGUGCCACGAUCAGUAGACUGGAGAGAGAAGGGAUAUGUAACUCCAGUUAAAGACCAGGGUCAGUGUGGCUCUUGCUGGGCUUUCAGCACAACAGGAGCUCUUGAAGGGCAGCACUACAGAAAAACUGGCAGACUUGUUUCACUGAGUGAACAAAAUCUGGUGGACUGCUCUCGACCUGAAGGGAAUCAGGGCUGCAAUGGUGGUCUCAUGGACCAGGCUUUCCAGUAUGUGCAGGAUAAUGGGGGCAUUGAUUCAGAGGAGUCCUACCCAUAUACAGCAAAGGAUGAUGAGGACUGUCGCUACAAGGCAGAGUACAAUGCUGCUAAUGACACUGGCUUUGUUGACAUCCCUCAAGGACAUGAAAGAGCGCUCAUGAAAGCAGUAGCAGCUGUGGGUCCAGUGUCUGUUGCUAUUGAUGCAGGCCACUCUUCAUUCCAAUUCUAUCAGUCAGGUAUCUACUAUGAACCAGACUGCAGCAGUGAAGACCUUGACCACGGUGUUCUGGUUGUAGGUUAUGGUUUUGAGGGGGAAGACAUAGAUGGGAAAAAAUACUGGAUUGUUAAGAACAGCUGGGGUGAGAAGUGGGGUGACAAAGGUUAUAUCUACAUGGCCAAGGACAGGAAGAACCACUGUGGAAUAGCAACAGCUGCUAGCUAUCCACUUGUAUAACUUGAAGACUGAACAUUUCAGUGCAAGAGGGGAUUUAAAGAAUGACCAAACCCAUGUUCACACAUGUGGUGACUUGUGUCCUUCAAAGGUUAACUUGAUUUUUUUUUUAAAGUUUUGAAGUAUGUUUUACAUGUUGGUGACAUGCCACUUGUUUUAAAUUAAUGUAAAUGUUGGUAUGUAAACAGCUUGUAAUAUUGCUGGCUUUUAACUGCUUAAUCUAAUA